CUUUCCACAAGCCAUGUUCUCCUUUUCAGUUCAAGUGACAGGAGUAUUAGGUCUGAUCACAGUAACUCUUUACCUAGUGCAGUUUAGUCCUCACCCAAGGAGAAUAUUACACACAAUUACUAAUAACUGACAUCAAGGUUUAUUAGCCGUGCAUGGAUCAUAAAGAGUGGUCACAUAGGGUCAAUCACUAAAGGUGGAAGUAUCUUUGGUAUUUAAGUAGACCUAGAUCUAACAGCGCAUUAGUGCGACACUGUUCUCCUUUUAGAACAAACUACCCGUUGGCUGUGAAAAAGCGCCUACUGCUCACGGAGAUGAGGUUCACAAGAUGCAUCACGAUGAUGCAGUUUGAAAUGCUACUGAAUGUCAUCUUUGUUGCAGGUGCUGAACGAGACUGUCCUGCAGGCCUUAAUGCAUCUAUGCCAAACAAGAUGGAGGCAUUGAGUGACAGUUGUUUGCAAAUUCCAUGUUCAUUUGAUGCAGUACCACCCAAUCUACUCCAUAAAAACAAACCCUUUAUUGGGUUUUGGCUAAAAUCGACCCACAAUUUUGGGCCUCAUCCAGAAAGUGUGGUUUUCAACAGCAGCAAAACCCAUAAUAUCUAUCCAAUAAGUAUCAUUGGGAACAUGAGUGAAUACGACUGCACAACCAUUUUUGCAAGGCUGAACUCAAGUUAUGCUGACACAUAUUACUUUAGAGUCAUAAACAGCCCUUUCAAGGCAACAGACACCUGCCAUCCUCUUACAAUCACAGUUAACGGUAAGAGAACCCUUUUUGGUUUGGGGGUCAAUUUUUUGAUUAGUCAUUAUCAUAAUUAUUUGUAUUCCUAUUUAUAUAUUAUUCCAGGGUUCCUACACAUUUUCCAUUUCAAAAUUCCAUACCUCUCCAGACUAAAAUUUUCAGACGUUUCAGACAGGAUUUUCAGUCAAUAUUAAGCAUUUUAAUACCAAUUGUUAGAUGCUUAUAUAUAAAAAAAUGGGCAAAAAACAUUGAGAGGCUACGGCUAGAUGCUGUGACGAAGACGACAGUGCUUUUACCCCUGCAUAUGUUUUAAAUUUGCCACCUCCCCCAUGUUGGAGAUGUCGAACUAUUUCAAGCAUAGUUUGCAUCUAGCUUUAUUUUCCCACUUGGUAUCCUUCAUCGAGUCGCACAGUCGUGCGGCGAAAGUUAACCAUGGUAACCAGACAACGUUCUCAAGACAGCUUGAUUAGUUUCAUAUCAUCAACAGGUAGACUAUGUUGUGUUAGUAAGCUUGUUUUGAUUUGUAUACAUUAAUAUAUAUAUUUUUUUAAGUGAGAUAAUAGUCUGUAAACAAAAAAAAUAAAAAACAUACUCUUCUCUAAUUUCCAUACUCAUUCGGACAUGCAAAUUACUCAAAUUAAAUUCCAUACUGCGUAGGAACCCUGUUAUUAUGAUCAUUCUUGUUUUUUGGCUACUCCCUGAAUAGGUAGAAAUACUUGUUCUCCUUGUCUAGAAUUUAAGUAUCGAUACCACAUAAUUGUAUUUUCACUUUAAAGAAUGUUUUAAAAUUGUUUUUUGCCAGUGUCAUAUUGUAAUUAUACUUAUUAUGGACUAUGGGGUGAGACACACGUUGUCCCUAUGAUUAUUCCCCACUAUGGAAUGUACUGGUCAACACCAAACAUGCUGCAUUCAUUCAUGUGGAUAUUAAAGCUACAUUUCAGCCUAAUGCAAAUGUUUCUUGAAAACAACCACGUAGAUUCAGCCCCAGCACCCUCCAUACAGACCCUCCAGGAGGGACCACUAACGGAGGGGAGCAGGGUAACGUUCACCUGCAGGGCCAUCGCACCCUGUCCCACCCAGCCACCUCACCUGAGCUGGAACCAGUCAGGAGGCCCUGAGGGUCGGCUGGAACCGCACGGAGACCAAGAGCCUAACGUCAGGACCCGGCGGCUAAAUAUCACUCUGUCGGACCGACAUGACGGGGUCCGCCUCACCUGUCUGGUGGAGUAUCCGGUAAACGCCCCAGCAGGCGGGCUCAGUGUCAGAAGAGCAGAGAGCGUCGUGACGCUCAACGUUUCCUAUUCCCCGAAGGAUACCCAGGCGUUGGUGCUGGGCAGUGUGGUCAACCUGACGUUGACCACGGUGUCGCUGGGCAGUGUGGUCAACCUGAUGUGCACCAGCAGAGCCAACCCCCCCGUUCUCCGGUUCACCUGGUUCAGGAGCAGUGCGGAGGGACCCCUGAACGUGUCGGAUGGACCUUUGUACAGCUUCAAUGUGUCCUGCUACAGUGAAAUCUACUACUGCGUGGCCACGAAUCCCUUGGGAAACCAAACAUCAAAAGAGAUUAAGCUAACUAUCAGCGGUGAAAGCGUCGAUUCGAAAGUUCAUCUGAUAAUUGGUGGAUUCUUUGGUACCGUCUUCUUUAUUGGUCUGAUCAUCUUUGUCCUGUGGUUACUGAAGAAACCCUCAAAACGUCAACAGAAUCCAACAUGCAAGGCGUCAGACAAGCAGGUGGAAGAGGAGAUCCACUACGGAGAGAUCGACUUUGCCAAGCGAGGUGCUGUGCAGAACCCAGGCCUGGUGUUCCCCCAGGGGGAGGAGCAGACCUCAGAGUACGUUGAGAUCACUGCUCAACAGGCUAAGAACUCACAGAUCAGAGAUGAACUGGAGAAGAGCUGAAUAGUUUGGACUGGGAUCUCUUUAUCAUCCACUUAUGUCAGUGUAAACAUAUCCUGCUUCAGCAUCUAUGGCUGCGGCAGCAAAACGUUUCUAAAACAUGGCACCCCUCGUGCUUUUGUGUCUCCAAGGCACCCAAUAAACAAAAUCAAUUUUGUACGACUCCCUGCAAGGUUAGGUGCUGUUUAUCAAAUCAACAGCACAACAAAAGUUAGGGAGGACUACUUUUAUCAAAUACUGCAAAGAAACAGUAGGCUGCAUUUCAUUACAUUUUAAGGGACACCUCAGGAUAAAAUACUGCGACAGGAGUACACAUGCAAUGCUUUGUAUAAAGCUGGUAUAUCUUAAUGGUAAUGUUUGUUCAUCUUUUAUAUUUAAAAAUCUAAAUCAGGAGUCAGCAGAAUUACAUGAAGUCGACUGUAUUUUUAUGUUCUACCAUGCAUAUAUUAAUGUUUGAUUGGAAGGGACAAUUACAGGGCACGCCUUACACAAAACAUUUCCCAAAGCACUCACGUUUCAACGUGUCACUUGAUACAGGGAAGUUCAUAUAUUAACAAUGGAAGAUAUCCAUUACUUAAACAUUAAAAGCUGAAACAGUUCAGUACUGUUCACCAACAUAGUGCGUUGACGGUACUCUCUGUAAAUCAGACAGUGAAAACACAGUUUGACUUCAUGAGUAUACUGAGAGGGGUAAGCUGCUUUAGAAAUAGUUUCAUACGUUUUUUUUUUACACAUUAAAUCCUUCUUCACAUUGUUUUAAUGUGAGCCUAGCUACUCUGAAUCAGUCAACGCGGAAGCUAUGAAUAUAACUUGUAUGUGUGUUUGAUUGCAAAUUGUAAUCGGUUUUAAUUGUUUUGAAAAGCAAGUUUUCACAGCACCAUGUUUGGGAAACACUGGCUUAUUGUACAACAGCAUUUAAAAUAAAUUGUAAUACUUAACCCUUCAACCAGCUUGUAGCUUGCAAUUACCUGGACUGGACAUAUCUUUUGGUAGUGCUGACCAAUAAUGCUCCAAAUCUGUUUUGCCUUCCCGCGUGAGAGAGUCAGGUAUCCAACAACGCGCACACGGUCGUUUGACCGCGAUCUAGCAUCUAGGAUCGAUUGCUCUUUCUUGGGUCCCCGGAUGUUAACACUGAAUUUCGUACACUGAAUUUUGAUGGUGACUUUGGCGGACUGAAUUUUUGGACGUUGAAAAUAUUUGAGUUGAAUAUUUUAACGUUUAAUUUUUUAACAUUGAAAAAUAAAGGUGAACAUGAUAUAUUGAAAAUGUAAAGAGUUAAAUUCAGAGGCAAAAAAAUCAUUAUUUCAAUGCAUAAAUAUUCAGUGCUUAUAAUUCAAUGUGUUUUUAUUUUCAAAACCCGAUGGCACAGAUUUACUUCCAUAUCGGCGGCACCGCCACCGAAGCAGUCGUUGUUGUAUAUGCGUGUGUGCGUGUGUAACAGCGUAACUAGCCAGCCUGCUAAACUCACCACAGCCCUAGGUACUCUUUCAAGCUGGUCCUCACAAACACUUCAGUCAAGUUCAUGGCCUGACUUUUACUGUUUUAUACACUGGUCCUCAUCUCUACAAAAGAGACGUCAUGGCGGCUAGGUAGUAAACGAUCGAUUUCAGUUCAGUUCAGUAACCGACGGUAAACAUUUCCCGACGGUAACAGCGAGCUCCACCAAUCAAAGCCGCCGUGUUACACUGUAGGAUUUUGGGUAGUGUAGUUCUCUUAAACAACAUUCCCACUUUACGCCGGUGCGAAAGUCAAGCCGUGGUUUACUACCACUGAAUUCGAUCGUAAGUAACAAAAGUUGCCGACCUUAUUCUAAAGCGCUACGGCCUUGACAUUUGAAUAUACAGUACCUCUUAUUUCAUUACAUUCUCACUCAAUACAUGUAUUUCAUUGCCUAUUCAUUAGUGCCUUUACUACUGCAAUCAUUUGAAACAGGUCCAAGUUUAGAUGAUUUAUUGAACACAAUUAAAAUAAUCAGUAUCAAACUCCGGUUUUGGUCCAAGAUUCACAUAAUGUGUGUAAACAUCUAUAAUCAUAGAUUUAUUUGUGAGGCAACACUAGAGGUAAAACAAAAUGCAUAAUUAACCUGUCCUGUUGUAUUCUCCACCCUAUGAACCCCUGGAUAUCAAACCAACUAUCUCAAUUAAAAAUGCCAUUUAAGACUUUGGUCUUCAUAUUUAAAAAAAAAAAAAAAAAAGUGUGAGUGUGUGUGUGUGUGUGUGUGUGUGUGUGUGUGUGUGUGUGUGUGUGUGUGUGUGUGUGUGUGUGUCUGCGCGCGUGUGUGUGUGUGUCUGCGCGUGUGUCUGCGCGUGUGUGUGUGUGUGUGUGUGUGUGUGUGUGUGUGUGUGUGUGUGUGUGUGUGUGUGUGUGUGUGUGUGUGUGUGUGUGUGUGUGUGUUUA